AAAGUAUACUACCUAGUUAAUCCCUAGCCCAAGAGAAGCUUCAGAGAAAGGUCGGCUUUCAAUUUCUCGAUGCCUUCUUUGGAAGAAAUCGGCAUCACAGGCGCCAGAGCGCUGGUUCUCCCACUCCUCCUAAAUUUCGCCGCCGCAUCUCCGCCGUCUCAGAGUAACCGUGAAGUAACCGUGGUCGUGAACGCGAGAACCGGAACGAUAGCCUUUCUACAGGGCGCGGCGGACGGAUUCGAGGCCGUCCUCCGUAAAGGGGGGCAGUUACCGGCGACGAAGGCGUCGAUAGAAGCGUUGCCGGUGGUGAAAGUCGGAGAAGAAGGGGUGGACUGCGCGAUCUGUUUGUCGGAGUUGGAAUUAGGAGGAGACGGGAAAGUGAUGCCUUGUAAACACCGGUAUCAUCCGGAUUGUAUUGAUAAGUGGUUGAAGAUCCACGGCUCCUGUCCGAUUUGCAGAUUCCAGAUGCCGGGAGAAGUUGAUCCAGAUCUAGAUGACGACUCAGAGUCGCUGCAGGACAGGGUGGAUAUGGUGUUUCAUGUCUUCUUCCGGACGGGCAGCGGAGAUAGUUCCGAUUCGGAAUCGGAUCACGAAUCUGAAGCUCAUCCCGGCGGUGCUGAAUCCGACGAAGCUCUGAAUGCCGAGGCAGAAUAGUUUUUUACAGUAAAUUCUUAGAUCUGUAAAGAGAGUUCUUACAGCUUUCCUAUCCUCACAAUACCUCUAUCAUAGUUUUAGAAUUGCCUGCUUGAGAGCAAAAGCAAGAGUGAUUUUGUUCAUCUAGGACUCUCCCGUUUUUUGUUUGGCGAUUAUCCAAAGUACAGUUAAAAAAUGAGAAAUUGCCACUUUUGGGAACUUUAGAUUUUGGUUGAGUCAAUUUAAGUAGCUUUAGGUUUUGGUUUAUUCAAUUUGUGGAACUGUAAUAUUACUAAGAUGUAUUGAUCGAACAGGGUUAGAGCAAGUAAUUGUCAAACAUGAUUCAAAAUCUAAAGUAAUUGUGAACUGUAGAGCAAGUAAUAUAUGCAAAAGUUUUAGUUUCGCGUUGGCCUCA